UAAUAUCUAAUGAAAAUAACAUAAAAUAGUGUACUUUUGUUAAAAAAAUAAAAUUGUGUUCUAGAAUGGGCUAGCUAAUUCCUUUCAAAAAAAAAAAACAAAAAAAAAGAAUGGGCUAGCUAAUAAUAAUAAAAAUAGAUCUUUUUCUUGCAUGGAAAGAAACGACUCGGCUUGGGAACUCUGAGAGCGGAAGGCUCAACAACCCAACCGGAAAUGGCUGUCAAUGUCAUGGCGCCUGCGCAGGGCUGCCUUAUCUCCCUCAACUUGCAGAUUACUUUGCUCGGCCCUGGUUUUUCUAGGCACAGAAAUGUUUUGAGAGAAAGAUACAACAAGUGGAAGAACUCCAAAGUGACAUUUGGGUAUAACAUCCAUGCAAUGCCUCAUCUGUCAAGCAGAAUAAGUACACAAAGAAGCCGUCAGCUGCAUUCCCUCCCCAGAGGAAUGUCUCUCUCACACCUGUCUGCUGCAUCAUCUGCCUUCAUUGGUGAAAAUGAAGGCAGCCUGUUAGGCAAAAUACCGGUGUUACCAAAGAAAGGCAGAUUAUCAAUGCGGGCACAAGCGCAGGAGACAACUUCAGGCGGUUUAUGCUACCCUGCACUGAAUGAGAAGCCUGUGUGGUGGUGGAGAACUUUAGCAUGUAUUCCCUAUUUAGUCUCUAUGCAGAUAUCAGAAGCAGGGCUCUAUGUACAGCCCUUCCUGGCACACCAUGAGUUCUUAGAAGACCUGAUAUUCUUCAUCCCAGGGGCAGCUAAAAGGUGGUCAUCAUGGUUUGUAAUGGUAUAUGUCUUGUGUUUUUACAUGGGAGUGGUGAAGAAUGAAGAUUUGCCUCACUUCUUCAGAUAUCAUCUGAUGACAGCCAUGUUAUUGGAGACAGCCCUGCAAGUGCUUUGGCACUCGAGCAAUUUUAUGCCACUUGUACACUUCAAUGGCGCUUUUGGGAUGUACUAUUGGGCAGCUGUGGGGUUCCUUUACAUUUUCAUAUUGUUGGAGGGCAUAAGGUGUGCUCUGGGUGGCAAGUACUUUAAAAUCCCAUUUGUUAGCGAGGCUGCUUUAAUCCACACUUUGUUUCAUGUUGGAGGUUUCCACAGGCCUUUCUAAGGUCUCAUAGUCCUUUUAUUAGUACUCUUCUGGGUUAUAGUUAUGGGGCUCCUUUCUUCAUAUUUAUAUAUUUAUAUACUGAUAAUUUUUUUGAGGUACUCUUUUUCAUGAUUUUGGUACUUUGGUGUCUUCCUUUUCUGCAGAAGGUUUAGAUUAGACGCACAUUAUACUAUUUCAUAUGUUAUAAGAACAAAUUAUAUUUGCUUAUUUUGUUAUGUAUA